AUGGGUAUCUUUCGCCGGUCCAUGAGCUCUAGCUCUGCACAGUCGUCGCGUCCAUCGACCAUCGACUCAUCUGCGUCCGAAACCGCAAGUUCAAGAACGAGCAUGGAAUCUACUUUCGAGGAGCACGACGUAGCAGAUUCCAUGGCCACAAUCAAGCAGCUGCCAACACCGGCGCGGAAGACUCCGAUCCUCAGUCUCCCACUCGAACUCAUUCAGCAAGUCAAUACCUACCUCGACACUUCCUCGGCAGCAGCCUUCUGCCUUUCAAGUCGGUACGUGUACUACGCUCUCGGCACUGAAGUCCUUUCUCGCCAUGUCGAGGGAAGCAAGAACCGCUUCGAGAAGAGAAAGACCAUCGAGGCAGUAGUAGAGCGCGCCUUUCCCGGCCAUUGGUUUUGCGCUUGGUGUGAUAGAUUCCAUGCCUGGAGUGCUGAAGACGGACCGAAGAGCCAGCAUUCAGGGGGUAAAAGAGACUGUGCAGACUUCAAUAGCUACUUGGACGCUGGGAACGGAUACAAACUCCGAUAUCACCAUGUCCGACUUGCCGUCAAUCGCGCAUCGUGGGGAGAUGAGCACGGUAUUCCCCUUUCCGCGUUCACUUACGAGAAGAAAGAAAUGGCGCGAAUCUCUAGAACGCCGGUUCCCACUAAACUCAGUCUCUCAGCCAGGAUCGUUCAAGGCCAUGUUCUCUUACACAGCUCCUACGCAAUCAUUCUGCCCGCUUUCACAACGAGAAAUCGCAACCUCUUAAAGUCGCUCUGGCCUCUCCUCCCACAUAUCGUCACAGGCCACCGCGAUACACCAAAUGGCCAUACCGGUCUCAUGGCCGCCAUCGACAAUGUGAUCCGCCGAGGCUGGAAGUACCAGUUUACGCAGAACUGCUCGACCUGUGCGACGGAUUGGAGUGUGACUACCCAAGACUUCUCACAUGCUACUGGUGGGCAGGUCAGACUAGUGGUGCAGAGUUGGCGAGACUUGGGCACGGGUAGAACUCCAUUCGAGACGGGAUGGAGGUCGCACGGGAUAGGGAGCGGUGAUGAUAGCGGGGCUAACACUUGUCUCGUGAGACUUACCAGCCUACCUGCGGGAUCCGUCAGACACGCGUUCGAGGCUGCGUGCAUAGACUAUGUAACAGACAAGGCUGACGUCGCUGAUGUGGCUGCGAAGAACAUAUCCAAGUCGCGUAUUUAUCGGUCGUUCAUGAAGAGGACCAUGUCUGAAGAAGACGAUAGUGCAAUUAGACGGUCCAGUGCAAGACCGCGCUAUUGGCGUACGCGAGAAGAGAACGAAGAGGUGGCGCGGAAGUACGAGGAGGAUAGACGAGAUGUGGCGAGGCAUGUUGCUGAAGAGUUGGUCCGCCUCGACGCUCAGCGUGGGAGAGGAUUGGUUUAG